AUGUCCACCACCACUGGCACCGUUGAAUUUAUAGUCAAUGGAACGACCUACCAGACAUGGUACAUGGUCGUCGGCGACCUCAAGAUCUCGAGCAAGACGCCUCUCGUCGCCCUUCACGGUGGUCCAGGGAUGUCCCAUCAUUACAUGCUGCCUCAUAAGACUAUCUACGAGAAAGCUGGCAUACCUGUGGUAUUAUAUGACCAGAUCGGUAACGGCGCCUCAAGCCAUGUCAAAGACGUCCCCAAAGAAUUCUGGAAGCCCGAGUUAUUCAUGGACGAAUUGGACAACCUCCUUGCGCAUUUGGGCAUCUCGGACAAGUUCGACUUGCUCGGCCAUUCAUGGGGAGGAAUGUUAGCGGGUCAGUACGCGGCUGCGCGCAUGCCAACCGGAUUAAGGCGACUCAUUAUUGCCAACGCUCCAGCCUCGGCGGACUUAUUUGAGCAAUGCACCAACGCCCUUUUGGAUCAGUUCCCAGGUGACCUCGCCAAGACGCUGCGAAAGCACGAAGAAGAGGGGACAACUGACUCACCCGAGUACCAAGAGGCGAUGAUGACGUUCAACAAGAAGCACAUCUGCGCCAUGGACCCAUGGCCACAGGAACUCAUGCAGAGUUUCGGAGAAGUGAUGAACAAUCCGACGGUGUAUUCUACCAUGUGGGGCACCUCGGAGUUCAAUAUGACGGGGACUAUGAAAGGGUGGAGCGUAAUCGAUAUCGUGCAUAACAUAAAGGCGCCGACGCUCUUGCUAAGCACGCCUCUUGAUGAGGUGCAACCGGUAGCCUGCAUGCCAUGGUUCUUUGGGAUUCCCAAAAUCAAGUGGGUAGAAUUUCAGCGUAGCACGCAUUUGGCUCAGUUUGAGGAACCAGAGAGAUACUUUGAAGUGGUUCUCGAAUUUUUGGCAUAG